AUGGCCGACUUCGAAACCGCAGGGAGUCGCCCGGAGACCGCAGAUCCCUGCUCAGUACGCUUCGGGGAGUUCAAAUUCCGCAACGGGGGCCGAUACCGUGGACAAUACAUCCUAGAAGCACUGCAAGAUGGGGAUACAGAAAACGAUGAGUCUAUACAGUAUCGUAAAGUUAUCCAUGGCGAAGGGGAAUACUACAACAAAGCUGCGUAA